AUGGGUACUUACAAAAAGCUUGAUGGAGGCCUCUCUGAUCAUAUAGCCCAAGUUAACGAUUUCCAAAGCCACAUAAAAAAACUCAAAAAUUUAUCAAACCAGCUAAGUGUCUCAAAUAACAGCCCAGAAAUCCGAUCUGCAAUCUUAAAAGAAAGAGAAGGGACAAUGCAGCUUUCCAAAGAAAUAAUGUCCUCUCUCCGCCAGUUUUCUCCAUCAAGAAAUGAGAAGCUUCAAUAUGAUAAACUUGUAAAAGAAUUCGAAGCAUUGCUUACUCAGUUUAAUCAAGUGUGUCAGGCUGUUAUUAAAAAGGAAAAUGAUAUAUUCUCUAUUAAUAUAAAUAUUCCUAUUAAAUUAUUCUCCAGGCCUAGCAAGCUAAUAAAGAAUAUCCAAAAUUGCCUCAAGAUCAAAGACAAGCUCAGCCAGAAAUCCAAGACGAAGUCCCACAAGGCUUAAAACAGCUUGGAGACAUCAGUGACAUUGUCCAACAAGACAGAAGAAACCAAAUAGCUACCAUAGAAAGCGACAUGACUGAAAUCCACGCCAUGUUCAAAGAAGUCGCUGAAAUGGUCGGCGACCAGGGGAAAAUGCUUGACGAAACUGACAGAAAUAUGGACGUCACUGUUAAAGAGACCUCAAAAGCUGUCAAAGAGCUCGAACAAAGCUCAAAAUAUCAAGUUAGUGCUCGAAAAAAGCUUUAUUGUCUUUUGAUCAUGGCGAUAGUUCUAAUUCUGUUCUUGGCAGCUGUCGCUUUAGGGUAUAUAUAUUUCUAG